GGUCAGAGGCAGGGUGGGAAUGAGCCCUGGCUGGUGGCUGCAUUUGAUGGCUCUGUGGACUCUCUAUGGAGUCGCUGGAGCACAGGCGUCCAUCACAGCUCAGUAUGGCGAGGACGUCACUCUGGGCUGCACCUUCCACCACAUACCGGGGGUAAAACUCCAUCGACUGAACAUCACCUGGAAGAUGCAGAGAGCCGAGGGCGCAGCUCUCCUGGUUCACAGCUACUAUGGGCAGAGGGACCUGUGGCAGGGACAGGACAAGGUUUACCGGGACCGGACACAGCUGGACCCAGAGGGAAUCCACACAGGAAAUGCGUCCCUGCGACUCAGGGCUGUGUGCUUCCAGGACGAGGGCUCCUACCUCUGCUACGUCACCUCUGAGCUGGGAACCUCGACCCAGAAGAUUUCCCUGGCCGUGCUAAGGGAGAGUGAAAUGGAGUCUCCCAUCGUAGCUCGGCUGGGGCAGGACAUCACCCUGAGCUGCCCCUUUGAAUGCGGAUUAAACCUCCAGCCGUUGAACGUCACCUGGACGAAGGAAGAAGCCGAGGGGCCGGAUCUCCUGGUUCACAGCUAUUGUAACGGGAUGGACACGUUGCAGAGACAAGGUGUCGCUUACAAGGGCAGAACACAGCUCCACCCGGAGAGGUUCCCUCAGGGAAAUGCGUCCCUGACGCUAAGGAGAGUUUGCAGCCGGGAUGAGGGAUUCUACAUCUGCCACGUCCAGCCGGAACUGGGGCGGUUUUCGGUGCGGAUGCAAGUUACAGUCAAAGGCUUUGUGAGCGACUGGCCAUCAGCAGUUGCGUUCUGUGUCGUCUUGUGUUUAGCUGCAUUAUCAAUAAUUAUACUGUAUAUUAUCAUUGAGCACUGUCCUUCCUUGCUGCGGAGAUUCAGGACUUCUCAGUUUUGCUCCCAAUGGAACCAGCAGGCGGGCAGUGACCAGUCUGAGUCAAACCCGUUGACAGCCAGUGAGUCAGCAAAUCCAAACACGUUCCUGGCACCACCGGCCAGCUCCUGCCCGAUAAUCCAGCACCUACCAAGCACCAGCUACGUCACAUGUGAUGCAUUUAGGUCAUGGAAGGAGAGUGAAAUACACAAAGGUAGCUAG